GGAGGCCCCGUCGUGCACUACGCGUACCUGGACAUGAGCAGUCAGAAGAGUGAUGGCCUGGGUGGGCACGUCAUCAGGGCUCUUCCGCCGCUGGACUUCGCGCUGGCCCUGGGCCUGCGCAUCGUCUGCAACCCGGACGUCUUCUUCAACGGGAAGAGCGACGACCCGGUCCUCUUCAGCACCUUGGAGAAUUUGAGGUGGGCCGAGCUCACCGACUGGGUGGGCGCGGACGCCGUGAGCUCGCUUCCGCACGUGCGCGUGAAUUUGUGCAGGCUGCCGCAGAAGCUCAGGGAGCUGCGCUCGGACGGCUCCCCGAGCACGGUGCUCGUCCUGGCGGUCGCCGAGGCCCAGGAGGACAUGGGCGCCAAUGCCGGCCCUUGGUUGCGCAGGCAGUUCCACACCGUCCGCCAGGAGCGGCAGCGCGCCGCCGCGCUGCGCGCGCCGGGCGGCGCGGGGGCGGCGGACCCGCUGGCGGUGGACGGCGAGGCGGUGUGGGGCGACACCCCGCGAGGGCACCGCGUGGUCGUGCACUACCGCACGGGCAUGUGGUCCCUCAUGCCCAUCCACAAGCACGGUCCGCCGAAUUUUCCGACUUACUACGAGGUUGUGAUACACAUCCUCGGGAAGCUGGAGCGUACCGGCGUCAUCAGCGCAGAGGGUUCCGAGGGCGCCAAGAUGGUCCUCAUGGCCAUAUGGAUCGAGGACCAGCAAGCGAUCGAGCGCACCGAGUACGAGCUCGACCUAUUUCAUUG